AUGGAAGACGAUCAUCACACCAUCUCCCGUCAAGACUCCGAUCUCGACUUCAGCUUCACCAGCUGCAACACCACCACCACUACAACCACCCUUGCCUCCUCCAGUGCACGCUCCAGUCUUGCUCGUUCCAGCUUAUGUCUAAGCUUUAACGAAUCCACUCGUCUCUCCUCCGCCUCCGCCUCCACUUCUUCCACUGCUGUACCUAACCUCCAUUCUCGUCCUCACCGGAAAUCAGAUGCUAACUGGUCCGCCAUUAAAGCUGCCACCAACCUUUCCUCUGAUGGGAUUCUCCAUCUCAGUCACCUUAAGCUUGUACGCCUUGUGGGAUCGGGGAAUCUUGGCCGGGUCUUCCUCUGUCGCCUCCGAGACUAUGAACACGCUAACUUCGCCAUUAAAGUUGUUGAUAACAACUUACUCACCUCCAAGAAGCUCUCUCAUGUCCAGACCGAGGCUCGGAUUCUUUCAUCCCUUGACCACCCUUUUCUCCCGACGCUGUACGCUCAUCUGGAAGUGUCUCACUACACGUGCUUCCUCAUCGAUUUCUGUCCCAACGGUGAUCUUCAUUCCUUGCUUCGGAAGCAACCUAAUUACCGGCUACCAAUCGAUUCUGUUAGGUUCUUCGCUGCGGAGGUUUUAGUGGCUCUUGAAUACCUCCACUCUCUUGGGAUAGUCUACCGGGAUUUGAAGCCGGAGAACAUUUUGAUCCGGGAAGAUGGUCACAUUAUGUUGUCAGAUUUUGAUUUGUGUUUCAAUUCCGACGUCAUACCAAAACUGGAUAACAGGAUCCAAGGGACGACGACAAGCCGGAGUCGUGGCGGCUCAUGUUACGGCGGCAACAUUCGUAGACGUGAUGAAGAAGAAAUGGUGACAGAGUUUGUAGCAGAGCCGACGACGGCUUUCUCAAAAUCAUGCGUUGGGACUCACGAGUACUUGGCGCCGGAAUUGGUCAACGGCAGCGGCCACGGCAACGGCGUUGAUUGGUGGGCAUUUGGUGUGCUGGUGUACGAGUUAUUGUACGGAAGGACGCCGUUCCGAGGAGGAAGCAAAGAGUCCACCCUGCGCAAUAUAGCAUCGAGCAGGGGAGUGACGUUUGGGGAAGAAAAGGAAACUGCACUAGCUCAAGCUCCACCGGGAAUGGCGGAGGCCAAGGACUUGAUAGAGAAGUUGUUGGUGAAGGAUCCAAGGAGGCGACUAGGUUGCGCUAGCGGUGCCACGGACAUUAAACGCCACCCAUUUUUCGAUGGGAUCAAGUGGCCCUUGAUCCGUACUUACAGCCCGCCGGAGCACCGUGGGGUGGUGGUGAAGAGAAGUAGCAAGAUAGGUGCUAAUCACGUGAGCACACCCUCCAACUCCAAGAAACGGCGUUCGAUUUGGAAGGGCCUUAGUGACUUGUUAACGAAAAGCAAGGAGUCUAAACGUAAUUUAAAUUCCAACCAAAACUAUUAUUGUUAUAGAAAAAAUGCGAUCUAA